AAUUGGCAACAAUACCGUUUCGGACAUUGUCGAAGACACCAGACAUUCGAAUGAAAUUUCUUUUCCGUUUCGCCGUUUUUCUUCUCUUAAGCAUUUCGAAGGGGAACGAAGAUGCCGCAUCGGCGAUGUACACCUUAGACGGCACGAAGAAAGAAGAAAUGAACGUGAUCGGGCAUUGUGAUCGAACGGACGAUUCGACUAACCGGGAGGAAGAGCGCUUUCUCCUGCCGAUGACGAAAAACUGUCGAAAUCAGCAUCGGAGAAUGGCCGCGGACCAGAGGCGAAUUCGAGGAUUUCCACCCCCGUCACGCUUCAUAAAUUUCUACAAUUGCGUGUUAUUGCUUGCCUCCUCGUUAUUCGUCUAUUCUCUUUUGAAAUGGCAGGGAGCGGCGCGUGAUCCAGAGUCGUCUCUUUCUCCAAUUUAUCGACGGGAUCCGACGGUCAGAGGAAACGGCAGAGAAAAAGAGCGGGUCGGAGAGGAGACCGGAGAAAAGACGGAGGCGAGAAGAAAGAGCCAGAAGGACGGUGUCUCCCUUCUGGAAGGCGCAGUUUUCGAGACGGGAUGUCUCUUGGCCCAGCUGAAGAGGGAGUGGAACUAUCGCGCGGAUCUGUGGAAAUCGCCCCAUUUAUCGGAAUUUUUCGGCCAGAACCUCUCCGAACAAUGGAAGGACGACCGGAAGUUCGCGGAAGUGUUUCGCGAAAGAUUGGCCCGAUUGUCCGAGAAGGUGGAAAGUUUGGAAAAUAGAGUGGUGAAAUUUAAUGGUUCGAAAGGCGCCGUCGACGAAACACCUAGGAUUUAGUUAUUUUCGAUUCGAUUUAUAUAAAAAAUUAAGUUUCAUUUUAAUAAAUUUCUGUUAAACAGUGCGCAAAAGACUAGCUAUUCGGUAAAAAGCGUAAUAAUGACGCUCUAGCGUUUACUGUCAUUUUCCGAGAGAUCCGUCGAUGUCCGGACGACGUUUAGAGAAAUUCAUUGGAAUUUAUGAAAAUCGACAUUCCGGGCGACGGAAAUUUCAACGUCGCUCGAGCCGAUGACGAAACAAAGAAGGAGAGUACAGUGGUCGAGUGGGGGCGCAAUUUAUUACGUAACGUCCGGCGGAUUCGUUCUGGAGUAAAAUCACGUGACUGCAAGGAGCGCGAGCGAUGGAGGAGAGACAGGAACGUCGCGCUCGUUUUGGAGGAUGUCACUGCGGAAGCGUUCGAUUCGAAGUGUGGACGCCCGAUCCGGUCAAGGUCGUGAUUUGCGAGUAAGUAUCCUCGUCGCCCUCGAAAUUCGAGCUAAACGAACAGAAACGAAAAAUAUUCGGGGAGUGAGGGAAGUCCUUGGCGUUUGGCGCCAAGAGAGAAGGUUGGAGACGAGUUAGCGGCGAUGGUGUGUUCGUUAAUCGAGAAGGAAAGCAAUUUAUCGCCAAAAUUACCUUCGGUUGUCCGAAAGAUGACGUUCGUAGACCGAAGAAGAUCCGAACUGGAGACAAAUCGACGCCGCGCGUGGUCGGACUCGUAGAUAAGUCCGUUUCUUUCCAUUUCGGCUUUUACCAAGUGGAAGCCGUCCGCCAGGCCGAGAUUUUGCCCGACGAUGGCGGUAAUUCCUUCGGGCGAUUUCCGCUUUGGUUAUUCCGAAACAAGACGAAAACCGAGGAAUUGUGCCUUUCUGAUAUUUUCUCUUCCGGCGAGUAACUAUUUAAUGCGCGCUUUCCUACCUUUCGACCACGACGCUAACAGGCAACUCGAGUACAGUGCCUAAGUUUAACCAAAAUCAGAAAAGAAAGUGUAUUAAAAGUUAAAAUUCGUAUUUUCUAGCGAAAGAACGGACCAUGAAUAUGUACCGAAGCUAUUUCGAGCUUAAAAAUUACGUGAUUGUAUUGUAGGAAAACAACGAGAGUCUUGCCAAUCUUAAAUUAUAGACGAGGCUUCGGCUACUUACAGUUUGACUAUGGCCAAAACUAAGCAGCCUUUCGACAUUUGUUAUAACGUAGUAACUAGCCCCAUAGUUCAAUCGCCGUUAGCUAACAUAAUUAAAAUAUAAAAUUUUAAAAAACAGGCAAAUUUAUAACAAAAAGUUAACCAAGUUAUUAAAUAAAAAAUACAUAGAAUAAAUUUAUAUUUGAUUACCUUUUGUGCGAAACAACACUAAAAAUUUCUGUAUUAUGCCGCAGAAAAGAAGAGUUGCAAUUAAUUAAAACAAAAAUGAAAUUAAGGUUAAAAAGAAUGUUUAGAAUUAAUGCAAAAUUAAAUAUAUAAAAAUUAUUAAUUAAAUUUUCAAUCGGCUAUUAAUAAGCCCGAAAACCGAACUUAUGACACGGAAGUGACUGUUCUUACGAUUAAAUCAGUGGUUCCCAAUUAGUGGUACGCGUACCCCUGGGGGUACGCGAAAUUGCGUGAAGGGGUACGCGCGGCAAUCUAAACUCGGUCGAUUUAAAAUUUAAAUGCACGAGAUGAAGCAACCAAAAGAAUAAUGGGUGGACCAUCAAAAAUUCGGCAAUUUACAACACGAUGUCGAAUGCACAAAUUCGUUUAUUUAUAACUAAAAAUAUUCUCGAAAUUUCAUCAAAAAAAUGCAUUUGCGACAAUACCUAAAUGAAAUUCUUACGCAAGAAACAAAAAUUGUACAAUUGACACAAUUUGUGUUAAUUGUACAAUUAUCAUUAUCAUCUUGUCAGCGAAGCGGCAAUAAAAUAAUUACUACCGUUUUGCGCAACAUACCUCUGCCAGAGCGGAUUUUCGGCCGAGACAAACACGAAAACUAAACAUCGUCAUCGACUUCGACUCGAAGACGACUCGAGACUGAAGCUGACCAAAAAGUAACCAUAUUUUACAAAGUCGUGCAAAGAAAAUCGUGCACAUUUGUCGCAUUAAAAUUAAAUAACCUUAUGUUAUUUUCAUUAUUAUUAAAAUUGUAUUUUAAAGGUAAUAAAUGUAAAAAAAACUUAUUCUAUUUAUUA